ACAUUUUCCCUGCAGGUUCAGGCUAAAGCUGCGUACCGUUCAUCGGUAAAGUCCACAAAGCUAGAACUGGCCAACUGAGAUUUCUCUACACCGUUCUCGGGUUUUUAACUUUUAAGCGCCUUUUUUUUUUUUCCCCCUCCCUUCGCAAUCUCAAUUCUCACACCAAUCUCUCAGCUCAAACAAAUUCAACACCACACUGUAGUUUGUACAAUGCUCCAUCGAUAAAAAUUCAACAUUUUCUUGACUACCCAUUGGCGUUUCUUCUCGUAGUGUAUAUUUAUACAUGCAUAAUCAGCCGUUUCUUUAGAUUUAUCAAAUCCGAGAAACAAAGAACGCACCUCUAACUUCAAGAACGAGGUACUAGUGGUUGGUUUUCAUUUUUGGUGGCAAGACCAGAAAUGAAACCACAGACUGAGAAACUAGCCUUUCUUUUUCUACUUGUCAUCCUCUUGUUCGAUUCUUGGUCUUUUGUGGACUCAGAUCUAGCAUCAGAUAGGAUUGCUCUCGAAGCUCUGCGAAAGGCAGUGGGUGGUCGGUCGCUCCUCUGGAAUCUUUCUAACAGUCCUUGCUCAUGGGUUGGGGUGUUCUGUGAGCGGGAUAGAGUCGUUGGGUUGCGGUUACCUGCUAUGGGCCUUUCCGGCCAGCUUCCUAUCGCCCUUGGCAACCUUACCCAGCUGCAAACUUUGUCUCUCCGCUUCAACGCACUUUCUGGUCCAAUUCCAGCUGAUAUAGGUAGCCUUGCAUCGCUACGUAAUCUUUACUUGCAAGAGAACUUUUUUUCUGGGGAAAUUUCUGGGUUCUUGUUCAAUUUGCAAAAUUUGGUAAGACUAGACUUGGCUCAUAAUAAUUUCUCUGGCGAAAUCUCUCCGAGUUUUAAUAAUUUAACGAGGUUGAGAACUCUGUACCUGGAGGAGAAUCAGCUUAAUGGUUCAAUUCCUGACUUGAAUUUCCCUUCUCUUGAUCAAUUCAAUGUUUCUUAUAACAAGUUAAUUGGGGCUGUUCCUCAGAGGCUAUCUGGUCGGCCUGCAACUGCCUUUGAGGGGAAUUCGCUUUGUGGGAAACCUUUGAUUCCUUGCAAUGGUACUUCAAAUGGGAACGAUAAACUCUCCGGGGGAGCCAUUGCUGGGAUUGCGAUUGGCUGUGUUAUUGGAUUUUUGUUGAUCCUAAUGAUUUUGAUCUUCCUGUGUAAAAGAAAGAGAACCAAACAAGGAGUUGCUAAAGAUACCCAGGAGCGAAAGCAAAGCGAAACUGAAAUUGCCCGCGAAAAUGUAGUGGCUGACAGGGGUACUGCAAGCACUGGAAUUGCAAGUGCAGCAGCUGUCGCCAAAAGUGAAUCCAAGAGGGGUGGUGGGACUAAAAAUUUGGUGUUCUUUGGGAACACAUCAAGGGUGUUUGAUUUGGAGGACUUGCUCAGAGCUUCUGCAGAAGUGCUUGGGAAGGGGACUUUUGGGACAACUUAUAAGGCCACCUUAGAGGUGGGAGUGGCAGUAGCCGUGAAAAGGUUGAAGGAUGUGACUGUGACGGAGAAGGAAUUUCGAGGAAAGAUUGAAUCUGUUGGGAAGAUAAAUCAUGAGAAUUUGGUCCCAUUGAAGGCUUAUUAUUAUAACAAGGAUGAAAAACUGCUUGUUUAUGAUUACAUGCCAAUGGGAAGCUUGUCUGCACUUUUACAUGGAAAUAGUGCAGCUGGUAGGACUCCAUUGAAUUGGGAGACUAGGUCUGGAAUUGCCCUCGGAGCUGCCAGAGGGAUUACACACCUACAUUCUCAGGGCCCUACAAUCUCACAUGGGAACAUUAAAUCAUCAAAUAUUCUGCUUACCAACUCCUUUGAAGCCCGUGUCUCCGAUUUUGGCCUUGCCAAUCUUGCAGGACCUACACCCACUCCCAACCGUAUUGAUGGCUAUCGUGCUCCAGAAGUGACAGAUGCUCGCAAAAUAUCCCAAAAAGCAGAUGUUUAUAGCUUUGGUGUACUGCUCUUAGAAUUGCUAACAGGAAGGGCUCCCACUCAUUCGCACUUGAAUGAUGAGGGAGUAGACCUUCCAAGAUGGGUUCAGUCUGUGGUUAAAGAUGAGUGGACUUCAGAGGUGUUUGAUCUUGAGCUUCUACGAUAUCAGAAUGUAGAGGAGGAUAUGGUUCAACUCUUGCAGCUAGCAAUCAAUUGUACUGCUCAAUAUCCUGAUAACCGUCCUUCAAUGGAGGAGGUGAGAAACCAAAUUGAGCAGCUUUGCUCACAUGGGGGUGACACACAUCAAGAUAUAGAGGAUGAGAAGUCCUCCCAACAGACAUACUCGAUCGAUUCAGGUGCACCACCACCUUAAUCCAUUAAGGGCUAAAGAAAGAUAAUUUGAUCUUUCAUUGUCUCCCCAUUUACAAUACAUUUGAACUUUAGUGUUUCAAUCGUUUGAUUAUUCUUGGGUUCAUCUUUGAGAACCAACUGUGAAUGUUCUUCAUCUUUUAUAUCCUUUUUUCCUUUUACAGCAGAGAUUUAGUUUUCAGUUGUAACUUUACCUUUCACAUUAUAUGUGAGGGAAGGAUCCCGACAUUUUAUUUUUACUUGGUGUGAAAUGUGAAUAACUAUCAAGUUGUUGAAGUUGGUCA